UCAAAGUAACCACGUGUGACAUGGUAAAAAAUAACGCUACCCUUUCACAACUCUCUCAUUCGCUUCUGGAUUCUUUCCAUCGGCAAAUUGGAUAGUCGUGCAAAGUCAUUUUCCACAGAAAAAUUGUCGUUUUCUAUUUAAUAGUAGCGUUAUUCAGCUACAAACCAUGUUUCGCCCAAGCGUAAUCGCUUUCGCUACCGACGCCACGCAAGUUUUUGCCAAGAAGUCGUACGUUGAACAAAUAAUGGACGCGGAAGAGGAAGAUGCUCGAGUGAAAUGCGUGAUUUGUGACAAAGUUUUCAAAAAUAAAGCCAACUUUACCGCCCACAAGAAAUACAUUCACGGCAACCGAGAGCGAAAAACUUGCGCCACGUGUCACAAGACCUUUUCGACCAAGGGAUAUUUAGAGCGACAUACUGAAACCGUCCACUGCUCGGAAGAGCGACCCCGGUUGUCCUGCACGUUUCCCGGCUGCGACAAGUCAUUCCUGACCAAGGCGUACCUUUCGGAACAUGUGAAAUCUAAUCAUGUCGAAAGUCCGAAAAUUCGCACAGUGAGCGAGAAGACCUUAAAGUGUCCCCUUUGCGAGAGGCUAUUCGCAAAGAUCGGCACUUUGAAACGGCACGAGCUGACCCACGUCGAUAAAUCGACCCGACUCAAAUUUACAUGCAAUCUCUGUCCACGCAUUUUCUUGAGCAACAGCAGGCUAAAAAGUCACAUCCAAGCUAAACACGAAAACCAGCGGAAUUACAAGUGCACCCUUUGCGACAGGAGAUUCGCGAGAGCGGACAAUUUGAAAUGCCACAUGGAAGCGAUACACCCCGCCGAUAAGGAAGCCACGUAUUCCUGCGACAAAUGCGAGUACAAGAGUCACACCAAAUUCUAUUUAGCGCAGCAUGCCAAACGUCACCGCCAUGACGAGAGUAGUACAAAAUGUGGGUGCUGCUUUUGCGGAAAUAAUACGUUAAUGGAUUUCUCAACAUUGAUUGGGUCCUUGAGUAGAAGGAAUUCUCCGGAAAAGUAGGAAUUAGGGAGAUGAAGUUACGGUUUAAUGUAAUUUAGAUAGUUCAAUUUGUGUAUGUUAAUCUUAACGAUGGGGACGCAAACCAUGUACGAGUAUAUAAAUACAGAAAUAUUUCUUUCCUUCCCAGCUUUGCAAUAAAAUUAUCUAGACAAAU